AUGAACUGGAUAUUCGACAAGAUUUCCUUCACCAAUUUCUGCUCUACCCGACAGAGCAAGGCCAAGCAAAUUGAUCCUGGCCAAUCGAUCGUGCUCUGCGAGUUUGCUGACCCGGGCGGGCAUAACCUCGAAUCUUCCGUGCACGAGCAGCUCCUUCAGUUGGGCCGCUUGUUCUACACUACUCUGUCCAAAACAGGAGCGGAGGUGUUUGUGGAGUUUCCGAAGGUAAGGAACAUUGAGGCUAUGGUCCUCGAGGCACGAGGGCUGUUUAAGGAGAUGUUGACAGUACUGUCAUGGCCCGAAUACGCAAGUCGUUUCAAUGAGGACUUCCCAGCCAUGGUCGAAACUAUCAAUAUGUAUGCGCCGUUGGAGGAUGAUAAUGGCCAAUACUCCACCGAUGUCACAGCGAAAGAAGAACACGAACCUGUCGAACGCAAGGCUAAGCCGUCCAGUACCGCCGAACCCGUGGGUGGACAUGGCGAAAACGAGGAGAUACAAGGUCUCACUGAUCCCGACGACAACGACGGCUGGCAAACGGUGGCUCGAUCCGACCUGAGAAAAGACCAUCGUCGCGGCAUACGCCAAACUCAACAAUGUUCUGACCGCGUCCGCUGCAAGAAAAGAGGCGAGUGUGGUUACCGCCAUAGUGACGAGGAGCGGGACCUGUUUCGGGACUAUCCGGAUUUGGAUUUCCAGAAGUGGAAAACGAAGAAGUGCAAUCGUGCCUACUGUCCCUAUGGGUAUGGGAAACGAUGUCCAUUUGUCCAUGCGCAGGACGAAGCAUGGUGCCUUCGGUGCCGCCAUGAGGGUCACUAUACUGAAGAGUGCCGGUAUAGAAGUUAG